UAAAUUGCAUAACCUAUUUCACUAAUCUCACAACCCAAGAAUCUCUCCUCUCCUAACAUAGCAAAGAAGUCUCUGCAGCAUGGCUUCAAAGGCAUUAGCAUCCACAUCUUUCUUCCUAGUCCUUAACCUUCUCUUCCUCACUUUAGUAACUUCAACUCAUCACACUCCAUGCCCACCACCACCAAUGCCGAAACCUAAAUGCCCCCCACCCCCAAUGCCGAAACCUAGCUGCCCUCCACCACCUACACCGAAGCCGAAAAGCCCUCCACCACCACCACCUACACCGAAGCCGAAGAGCCCUCCACCACCACCACCAACUCCAACACCUACACCAACACCCCCGAAGCCACUUUGCCCACCGCCACCACCUCACCACCACCCCAUCACUCCACCAGCAAGCUGCCCUAGAGAUGCACUCAAGUUGGGAGUGUGUGCCAAGGUUCUAGGUGGCUUGAUCGGGACGGUCAUUGGAACUCCACCUAAGCUGCCAUGCUGUAGUCUCCUCGAAGGCCUUGUCGAUCUUGAAGCUGCUAUUUGUCUCUGCACCGCGAUUAAAGCCAAUAUCUUGGGUAUUAACCUCAAUGUUCCGGUUGAUUUGAGCUUGUUGAUUAACUACUGUGGCAAGAAGGUCCCCAAGGGCUUCAAAUGCGUGUAAUUAAACCAAAGUUUUUUUUUUUCUCGAAAAAUUUCCUUGAGUUUUACUUUUGUGUUGCUAUAGUCCUCUUUUCUAUCUGAUUCGCUUAUAUUUCACUUUGUGCUUAAAAUUGUAAUAAUAAUUCUUGUUAAAGAAAGGUACCUAGCCUUCUUUUA